GGCGGCGUAAUCGGAGAGGAGGAAGGAGAGGAGAUGAUGAUGCCAUCGGAGAUAAGCCGGAGAGUGAUGAUGAUGCGGAAACGGUACAUAAGCUAUGAAACAUUGAGGAGAGACAUGGUUCCUUGUCAGAAACCAGGUGCUUCUUACUACGCUUGUCGCUCUGGUCAGGCUAAUUCUUACAACAGAGGAUGUAGUAUCAUUACUAGGUGUGCUAGAGACACUAACGAUAUCAAGACUUGAUAACAUUGGUGGGGAGGUUUCUUUUUUAGUUGUUGUUGUUGUUUUAUUUGAGGAUAUCUGAGUUUGAAAUGCAGAUGCUAUGAAGAUGAUGCUCUCUCUAAGGAUGAGGCAGAUGUAAUCUUAUUGUUACUGUGUUUUGUUUUGUAAUGUUGUUGAUUAAUAGUGAUAUGUGAUUUUGAAUGAUCUGGUCAUAAUUGAUAUCUAAAUUCUUGGUU